UGUCGACGCGAUCGUUCGCACUGGUGUACACCCGCAGCUCCUCUCGCGCGCGAAACUUGUUCUGCGUCAGUAAGUACUCCGAGUAAAAGAGUGGCUGAGAUAAUAUCGAGAGAGUUAAAGAGAAUAUGUGAAGAACAGAUAAUUGGCUAUAUCUUAGAAAAAAGCAUCUCGCAGCGAUAUCGAAGAGUGGAUUGUAAGAGGACUCCGGGCUUGAACCGAGGAGAAGUGCGCGCGGGAGAUAAACGGAAAAGGAAACGUCAAUUCAACAACACGGAAAGAGAAAAGCGGGAUCAUCUUCGAUGCGCGAUCGGAUAAAAUCGGUACAAUUUGCGAUAAUUGCGGAAUUGGAAAGCAAGUAUUACUUUAGAAGACAUUACUUUUGAGGGUCAUCAUUCUUUUCAAUUGGUAAUAGAAUAUCGAUAAGUCGAGGAGAAAGAUAAUAUAUAAAUAUACGAGUGACUAUCACACGAAGAAUCACACUAGUAAACAGAGACUAUUAAAAAAUUAGAUAGUUAUAGCGGACACGAGUUUGCGAUUACAAUUAUCAUCGUGAUAUACCUGUCGCAUUGUCGCAUAUCACCGUCACGUGUGACGUUUCUCUUCGGUUGUGAAACUCUCCCGAGUAACAGUUUCUUCCGCGUCACGUGACAAUAUUGGCGAUUUAGGACAGACGAUCAACUACUGUUUGGACAAUUAUCAAACAGACGAACGUUGCAGCAAGAUAUCAUAAAGAAAACGGAGAUCGUAACUCUCGUCUCCGAUGCAAUCAGCGACUUGACACGGCAUCACAUAUCUUUUUGAUACGCACUCCGGACGAGGAUUAGAACCGCAACAAGCACCACGAGGCGUCGUGAGACGAGAACGACCAGUGGCGGCAGAGAAGGAGAGUAGAAGGAGAGGGAGAGGGGGGAGAAAAAUCAAGAAGAAAGUAGCAAGUGUCACGGCGGGGAAUCUUGUCAGUGAGUAGUGGACUGUGGUGCAGAUCGCGGGACAUCGCGCGCGUGUGUGACAAGGAUCCUCGCGGGGGAGGAAAGACGCGCAGGACGACGACGAAGCAGAAAAGGAAGGGGUGCAGGUUGGGCAAGCACGCGCGGCCGAGACUUGCGCUCGAUACGGCACGCGCGCGAUUCGACUCGAUCGUCGCUUCCGAUUGCCACCGGCCGGCACCUGGUCCGGAAGUAGACCUUGUGACCUUGCGGUCCCGACCUUGGAAAUUGGCGCCACCGUCGUUCGCGAAGCAUCGUCGGGAAUUUGCGACGCGAAACUUGCGCGACUGCCGUAAAGGACGCGCGAGUGUUUGAGAGAGGAAAUAGAAGCAUUUUUAAUCGGUCUAUUUAAUCGCUACAAGGAGAGACGUCUUCCUUUUCUCGGGGACGAAGAAGAGUUAUCAGUGAUUGAAUCAUCUGUCACCCCGAUGGAAUGAUUCAAUAUGCCUAGAUUGUCACUGGUGAUCUUCGUCGCGUUGUGCGCGACGUGCAGCCGCGCGGAUUUUUUCGGCGAGAAAAAGGAAGUAGUAUACGAUUUAAUGGAGGCGUCGGUGUCGUCAAUGACGGACGAUAACAAUCUUUAUAUAGAUGACGGUCUGGACGGAUUCCCGGCAUUUGGCUUUCGACCCGGAUCCGAAGUGAAACAACCACACAGAUUGUACCUCCCGGAAAAGUUGCCAGCCGAGUUCACUCUAGUGGCCACAUUUAAGCCGACCUCUUUCCGUACGAGCUACCUCUUUGCCGUCCUUAAUCCCUUCGAAACCGUCGUCCAAUUGGGCAUUAGAAUUUCGGACGGACCGGGCUCGAACCAGAACGUCUCGUUGGUUUAUACAAACUCGGACGAGCAUUCGCACUCGGAGGAGGUGGCGAAAUUUACCGUGCCGAAGCUUACGAAGAAGUGGUCGAAGAUCGUCAUUAAGGUUUCCGCGACCGAUGUCACCUUCUACCUCAAUUGCCACGAGAUGGCCCGACAGAGGGUCACCAGAAUCCCCCAGGAAUUAGUAUUCGACACCGCCAGUACGCUCUAUAUCGCGCAAGCCGGGCCCCACAUCCAGGAACGAUACGACGGUUUGCUGCAAUCUUUGAAGCUAUACUCCGGCCAUCCUCCGGAUCUUGUAAAAUGCUCUGCUGACUUUGACUUUCCAGCAGAAGAAGAGCUCGGCUCUGGUGAUUACGAUCUCAACUUGUUCGAUGGUUCUGGCAACGCUGAUUUGAAUAAGAUCAGUCGGGAUGCGGACGAAGACAAAAGCGAGGAGAGUAAUCCACCGCCAUUCAUCACACCCCCGCCUCCGAAUCCAGAUUAUAAAGGUCCGAAAGGCGAAAAAGGCGACAAAGGGGAUAAAGGGGAGAGCGUCAGGGGUCCUCCAGGCCCUCCGGGCCCGCCUGGUCGCGAUGAAGAUUGGCUAAUGAAGAUACCACAGGGACCACCUGGUCAGAAAGGAGACCCUGGCACUUGCACCUGUAACGCUACGGCCUUAAUGUCUUCCUUUACGAUGCCGAAGAUGAUACAAGGGCCGAAGGGUGAGCCAGGAGUACCGGGACAGGAAGGCAAACAAGGCUUGACGGGUCUUACGGGUGUGGCAGGACAGCCAGGGGAAAGAGGGCUGCCCGGCCCGUCCGGGACGAAAGGUGACAAGGGUGAUAUUGGAAUACCGGGGCCGGAAGGUCCCCAAGGUCAGAAGGGCGAACCGGGUCGCGACGGAAUUCCCGGUGAAAAGGGCGCGCAGGGUCCGCCGGGACCGCCUGGGAAAGGAGAAUUCUCUAGUUAUGACCCUAGUUGGAAACCUCGAAAUAUUUAUAGGACGGAAGGAGGUAUCACGAUGAGGCCAGGACUCCCAGGACAGAAAGGUGAACCAGGCAUCUCAGGAAGUCCUGGCCCUAAAGGCGAGGCUGGAAUACCAGGGUCUAAGGGUAUCAAGGGCGAGCCAGGGCACAAAGGUGCCAAGGGUGACCAUGGGAAGGAUGGUCCCAGAGGAAUUCAAGGUUUCAAGGGUGAACCAGGCGUAGCCGGUGCACCCGGUCUGCCUGGUGCACCUGGCGAGAAUGGACGACCGGCGGAGAAGGGCGCUAAGGGCGACACAGGACCCGAAGGCAAACCAGGACCUCCGGGACCACCCGGUCCACAUGGUGGACUACCUAACGGUCCCGGUGGGAUAAACGUAGGGGAUCUUGGAUUCGGCACAAAGGGCGACAAAGGAGAUACUGGAGCGCGCGGGUAUAAAGGAGAUAAGGGCACGAAGGGCGAGAAAGGCGAUAAGGGUGAUGCCGGUCCAGCUGGUACUCCUGGAAUAAAUGGUAUUCAAGGGCCUCAAGGAGAUAAAGGCGAACCUGGCAAAGACGGGAUAUCAGGAUUACCCGGUAUACCUGGCUCUAAGGGCGAGAGAGGCGAAAGAGGUCCUCCUGGAGCCACUACCAUUGCCAAUUCCGGCGACUAUAUCACUAUCAAAGGCGAGAAAGGCGCCGAAGGAAAACGAGGCAGGAGAGGACGACCUGGACCGCCCGGUCCUGUGGGUCCUCCCGGGAAACCAGGAACUAUGGGAGAGAUCGGUCUACCAGGAUGGAUGAACACGAUGAAGGGUCGUCCUGGGACACCUGGAAUUCCGGGAAGUAUCGGACCAAUGGGACCCAAGGGAGAAAAGGGGGAGCCCGGCGCACCGAGUCCUUACGGUGUUUCCGUCGGUAUUAAAGGCGACAAAGGAGUCGAUGGUUUUCCCGGAAUUCCUGGCCAACCGGGAAGAGAGGGUCAAAGGGGACCUCCAGGACCACCUGGACCUCCUGGACCACUGUCCCAAGGAAAAUACAUCCCGGUUCCAGGACCUCCAGGUCCUCCCGGACCCCCUGGUCCGCCUGGAUUAUCCUUAAUCGGACAGAAAGGCGAACCUGGAAUCGGUAGAAGUCACGUUUUCGGUGAAAGGGAUUAUUACGGCUCUAGACAAGGACCCAGAAGUAGUCUGGACGAAUUGAAAGCUCUACGUGAACUCAAGCAAUUGAAAGAAUUAAAGGAGCAAUUAGGGGUUGUCACUGCCGCUACAAGGGGGCCUUUAGAAAGUACAACGAAAAUUGUGCCAGGAGCUGUUACAUUCCAAAAUACAGAAGCCAUGACAAAAAUGUCUAGUGUUAGUCCAGUUGGAACUCUGGCUUACAUCAUAGACGAACAAGCUUUAUUAGUCAGAGUUAAUAACGGAUGGCAAUACAUAGCACUCGGAUCACUUUUGCCUAUCACAACGCCAGCACCGCCAACCACGGCACCGCCACCAGCAAAUCCUCCCUUCGAAGCGUCGAACUUGAUUAACCAGAUACCCGUGAAAGCUGACGGAACAGGGUGGUAUCCGCGAAUGUUGAGAAUGGCUGCAUUGAAUGAGCCAUUUACUGGAGAUAUGCACGGUAUACGAGGAGCAGACUAUGCUUGCUAUCGACAAGCUAAACGAGCAGGCUUAAGAGGUACAUUCCGCGCUUUUCUCAGCUCUCGAGUUCAAAAUGUCGAUAGUAUCGUCAGAUUAGGAGAUCGAGAUCUUCCUAUAGUUAACAUAAAGGGCGAUGUGCUAUUCAAUUCUUGGAAAGAGAUGUUCAACGGAAACGGGGCGUAUUUCUCUCAGAAUCCCAGAAUCUACAGUUUUAACGGGAAGAACAUUCUUACCGACUUUGCGUGGCCUGAGAAAAUCGCAUGGCAUGGUUCUCACAAACUUGGCGAUCGUGCGAUGGACACUUAUUGCGAUGCCUGGCACUCGAGCAGCUCAGAUCGCUAUGGAUUGGGCUCGCCGUUGACUGGCGGCCGGCUGCUGGAACAAGUGCGAUAUUCGUGCGACAAUAAAUUCGCGCUGCUAUGCAUCGAAGUGACGAGCGAAAUGGUGAGAAGACGGCGGAGCGUCAAUGGUCAAUCGGAAAACGACGUUGAGAUGACGGAAAACGACUAUGUGGAAUACUUGGAAGAACUCAUGCAAUACUGAACACUCAUUCUCUCUUUCUCGAUUAUCACCGUCACUUGUAACGCGAAAACCAAGCCGUCAUAUCGAUAUAAUACAUAUCGCGAAAUAAUAACGCGCGAGCAGCGACGCAUCUCAUCUUGUUUCCAAGAUCUAUAUCUUCGAGAUUCCAAAGGUAUAAUUACUUAUACUUCCAUCACGAGUACACUAACCAUCUGCUUCAACCGCAUCUCAGUUCUCUCUUCUCUCAAUCUUUAUUAAAGAUAAAAAGAAGACUGAUCGUCUAGAUAUUCAUUCGUCAGUGUUUCGUCGUACCGAGUAUUCCUAUCGGGUAUUCAAUCUAUCAGUCAGUACAGAGAGUUUCGAUCGUUCAAAGAUCUCUUUGUAAAGCCAUCGCAGUUCAACGUUUAUUAAGCGUAUCCCUUCAUCACGAUUAAACGUCCAAAAAUAUUUAUAGAUCAUUACGUGAACGAUGUGAUCUCGAAUAUACGCGUGCACGAUUCGCUCAGGCGUUUACAACGCGCUUAAGCAUUAAAAAACGUCUGUCUAGUUUUACUUCUUCUCAUUAAACGCCACACGCCAGGACAUCACAAUAUCCAUUUACCAAUUUUUAAUUCAUCAAAAAUUCAAACGACUAAUUUUUACGAUUUGGUAUCAUUGCAAAGAUCGAGGACUUGAAUUCAAAAUAGUAUUAACUUCAGAAAUCAAAAAUUUUUAAGAAAGAAAAUUAAUAUAUAAUUCAUUCUUUUCUAUUUUUUUUCUUUUUUGUUUAUUAUACAUAUAAUUUAUAUCUGAAAACUCUCACGCAUAUU